AUGGCGAAGCUCUUUCGAAGCCGACACUCUGCUCUCAAGCCGCCCUUUGACUUUGACCAGUCGGCGUACUUGUCGCUCCUUGACCCGGCUGCCUCGGUCCAAGAACAGCCCCGGGAGCAAUCCAGGGGCAAGAUCGCUGACCCUCCGUCGAGGCCAUGGAUGGCCGCUGCGGAAAGCCGAUCGUCCUGGGCUGCUGAACGGCUGCCGACGCGGAAGCUGGUUAAGGAUAUGAACGGGUCCGGCCCGCCCUCAUCCUCUUUCGAACUCUCUGAUAGCGACGCGGACAAAGAGAAGGGCAUCGUCCGCCGACAGCUGUCAAAGUUGAAGGAGCUCUACCGGAGAGAAAAGUAA